AUGCGCCGCCACUCCAGUGCGCCGCCACUCCAGUGCGCCGUCACUCCCGUGCUUCCUGCCCCUCAGAACAGUCCGCAGUCACGUGCUGACUGCCAUCGGCUCCGCUCCUCCCGCUCCUCGCUAACCCCUCUCCCCACCCUUCCUGCAUCAUGCCUACAUGCUGACUGCCAUCAAGCUCCUCUCUUCCCCCCAUCCCCCUCUCUCCUCCCCCCAUCCCCCCCUCUCUUCCCCUCCUCCCCCCCUCUCUUCCUCUCAUCUCCCUCUCCCUUCCCUCCUUCCCCCCGCCCAACCCUGUCUGUCGCGCCCCUCUGGCAGGCGUGGGUGCCCCCCUUGGCGGCGCAGCAGUGGGGGCAGACGACCACCGCUGGCAUCGUUGCCGGCAUGAUGCUGGGGGCCAGCCGCGAGGCCGCUCGCACCCAGGCCUCCUCUCCGUUUUCGAUGCACAACAGCCACCAUCAGCAGCAAACAGCAGCACCCCCCUCCACCACAGCCGCCCCAUCUCACUCCUCCCACUCGGCGCGCUAUGCUACAGCUCGCCUGGCAGCGGAGCGGCGGCUGGUGAGGGUGGUGAGGGCGUCGGUGGCGGGCGGCGCACAGCUGGGCGCGCUGGCAGGCGUCUUCUCCGCCUCGCAGCUGGGCCUCCGCGCACUCAUGCUGGAGUGGAGAGAAGAGGGCGUGGCACAGAGGAGGCGCACACAGGAGGGCGGUGGCAGCAGUAGCAGUAGCAGUAGCAGUGGCAGAAGUGGGGAAGAGGGGGUUGGGGGCAGCAGCAGGGGGUGGCAGGGGGAGGAAUUGUGUGAGCCUGACGUGGCCAGCUCUGUUGGCGCUGGUGCCGUGACAGCUGGGCUUGUGGGAUUGGUUGCCACCCGUGCCUCGCCGGCCCAUCGCCUCAAGGCGGGUGCUCUCCACACCGUGGCCGGUGCUGCCCUCGCAUUCCCCCUGGGUGAGUCGCACCUCUUGAGGUGGUUUCUUAGGCGCCUCAACAGCAUUGAGGUAAUUUUUGAGGUGGUUUUUGAGGCGCAUCAAAAAGCCGCCUCGCCGGCCCAUCGCCUCAAGGCGGCAGCUCUGCACACCGUGGCUGGUGCCACACCAUGGCUGGUGCUGCCCUUGCCCUCCCACUGGGUGAGCGGCACACACCACUUGAGACCUGCCCUCACAUGCCAAACCUGCUCUCACAUGCCAAACCUGCUCUCACAUGCCAAACCUGCUCUCACAUGCCAAACCUGCUCUCACAUGCCAAACCUGCUCUCACAUGCCAAACCUGCUCUCACAUGCCAAACCUGCUCUCACAUGCCAAACCUGCUCUCACAUGCCAAACCUGCUCUCACAUGCCAAACCUGCUCUAGCGUGUGCUCGCUCUCGCCUGCUCUCACUUGUCUGUGUGCAAUUCACAUGCUCGCUCUUGCUUCGCUGCAAUGCAAUUGUCCUUUUUCUUCUUGUCUCCCCUUCCCGUCACCUCCCACUCCCCAACCCACUCCCUCUAACCCCUCUCUCUCUCUCUGUGCCCCACCGGCAGCCCUCCUGCACUCAGCGCUCUACUCCUUGCUGCCCCAGCACCACAGCACAGCAGCACAGCACACGACUUCUGAGACAUCUCAACAACCCACUCCCCCUGCCCCCUCUCUCUCUCUCUGUGCCCCGCCUGCAGCCCUCCUGCACUCAGCGCUCUACUCCUUGCUGCCCCAGCAGCACAGCACAGCAGCAGCACACGGCAGCAGUGGAGAGGGAGAGGGCGCUCAGGGGAUUCCUCAGGAGAGAUCUCAGGUGGACUCUCAGGUGGGCAGUGGCAGUAGCAGCAGUCCUCUCAGUGGCGGCGGCAGCGGCGGCGGUGUGGCGGGAGCCAUUGAGCGCAUGGAGGAACGAUUCAUGGGGUCUUUUGGGCACCUGGGGGGCAACCACGGAGGAGGGCGAGGAGGCGGGGUUGUGGGUAGAGAGGGUGUGGGCGGAGGAGAGGCGAGAGGGGAAGCUUCGGAGGGUGAGGCGGGAGGGCAGGAGUCAUGCACGGUAGUGGCAGGGGAGAGCAUGGGGAGCAGAUGA